CGGCGCGCCCUGGCGGCGCAGCGGGGGGCAGAGGCGUGGCGGCCGAGAUCGGGGGUUUGGGCCUCGGCCGUUGCUGCCUGCCGCGGCUUGGCCUUGUGGCAGGCAGCACGAGUCGCUCGCCGUUCGCCGCUGGGCGGCCGAGCGUGCAGCCUCCGAGGCCGACUGUGGGCCGCGCGGCGCAUGCGCGCGGGGCGCAUUCCUUUCGCUUCCCUGCGUGGCUGCCCCAGUAGAGCCGGGCUGCGCUGGGCCCGGUGUUGCUGCUGCUGCCGCCGCCGCCUUGUGCUGCGGGGCGGGGCGGAGCGGGGCAGGGCGCGGAGCGGGGCGGCGGGGGAAGCGCCGCGCGGGGGCCGAGGGGCACCAGCCCUGCCUGGCGGGCGCGGGGGGCCAGGGGGGGCGGCAGCAACAUGUCGGGCGCGGCGGGCGGCUCCUGCGGGCCGGGCGCCGGGGCCUGCGGCGGGGGCGCGGCCGGCGCUGCCUCGCCGCCGGGCGGCGGCGUGUCCAUGUUCCGGUGGCUGGAAGUGCUGGAGAAGGAGUUCGACAAGGCCUUCGUGGACGUGGACCUGCUGCUGGGCGAGAUCGACCCCGACCAGGCCGACAUCACCUACGAGGGGCGGCAGAAAAUGACCAGCCUCAGCUCCUGCUUCGCCCAGCUCUGCCACAAGGCGCAGACCGUGUCCCAGAUCAACCACAAGCUGGAGGCACAAUUAGUUGAUCUGAAGUCUGAACUGACAGAAACUCAGGCAGAGAAAGCAGUACUGGAAAAGGAAGUGCAUGAUCAGCUUUUGCAACUCCAUGCCGUUCAGCUUCAGCUACAUGCCAAAACUGGUCAGAGUGUUGAUUCUGGGGCUAUUAAGGCAAAACUGGAGAGAGAGCUUGAAGCUAACAAGAAAGAGAAAGUGAAAGAAGCUCAACUGGAAGCUGAGGUGAAGUUGCUGAGGAAGGAAAAUGAAGCACUUCGUCGACACAUAGCUGUGCUUCAGGCAGAGGUUUAUGGAGCAAGAUUAGCAGCCAAGUACUUGGAUAAGGAACUAGCUGGAAGGGUCCAGCAGAUUCAGUUACUGGGUCGUGAUAUGAAGGGACCUGCUCAUGACAAGCUCUGGAAUCAACUUGAGGCAGAAAUACACCUUCACCGUCACAAAACUGUUAUUAGAGCCUGUCGGGGUCGGAAUGAUCUAAAACGACCAAUGCAAGCACCGCCAGGACAUGAUCCAGAUGCUUUAAAGAAGAGUCAAGGUGUUGGUCCAAUCAGAAAAGUUCUGCUCGUUAAAGAAGACCAUGAAGGACUAGGAAUUUCAAUCACAGGUGGGAAGGAGCAUGGUGUUCCAAUACUUAUUUCUGAAAUCCAUCCUGGACAACCUGCUGAUCGAUGUGGAGGACUGCAUGUUGGUGAUGCUAUUUUGGCAGUAAAUGGAGUUAAUCUACGGGAUGCUAAACAUAAAGAAGCUGUAACUAUUCUUUCCCAACAAAGAGGCGAAAUUGAGUUUGAAGUAGUAUAUGUUGCUCCAGAAGUAGAUUCAGAUGAUGAAAAUGUAGAAUAUGAGGAUGAGAGUGGACACCGUUAUCGUUUGUAUCUCGAUGAAUUGGAAGAAGGUGCAAAUUCAAGUUCUAAUAGGAAAGAAGAAAAUGUGGAUGUCAAAGCAUCACAAGUGUUUGAUAAGAAACCAAGUAUUGAUGGACAUGAAAAUGGAGACCUGGGGAAUUCAGUUGGAGCUCCGUUAGAAGACACUGCACCCAAAUUAGCCCGUUCUGCUGAAUCUCUAUCGUAAAAAUAAUAAUAAUAAUAAUCAGCUUGUACAGAUCCCAUUUUUGGGAACAACUGAUAAUCAUUAUUGACUGCUCCAAGUUGCAUACACUAGUGUAGGUUGUAAAACGAUGUUUAAAAGUCAAAGGGAACUGUAUUAUUGUUGCCUGGAAAAAAGGCGGUUACCUCAGGACUUCAUUGUGAGCAAUUCUAAAUGUGGAAAACUCUCUCUUGCGUGACAUGCAAUAGUUACCUAGCACAUGGCAUGUGAAAUGAAUUUUCUUUUAAUAAUAAACACCAAAGCAUGGGAUUUCUAAAAAGGAUAAUCUUAAUGUGUUCAACUUUGAAUUUUACUAACAUCCCAAGGGAAGUAAUAUUAAGUGCGGUGACCUUCAUUUUGUCCCUUUGAUGCUUUAAAGGGACAGCUGAUGAUCAGUUUGGUGUGGGGGGAAAAAAAGCUUUAUUCUUGGGGUGGGAGUGGGGCUGGAGAAUAAAAUUGUACUAUUAUAUCCCUGAGUUUUCUACUUGGUAUUUUUUAACUGCAACUUUAAAAAAUGACAACAUUUUUCUCAGAAUAGCAAAAACCAGAGCUUUUAUUUGAGAAAAAGACCAACAAAACCCAAAGGGGGCAACUGACUACUUGUUAAUCUUGAUCUUUCAGCCCAUGAUCAUUUUGUGAUUGAGACUUUUGGCAUUAUUGUUUUAAUCAAUUCACUGGCAAUUGCUGCUGCUUUUGAAACUUACUCCAAAAAUAUUUAAAGAGAAUAUUAUGGGGUUUUAAAAGCAAAAUUAGUUUUAAAAAAUAUUCACAAUUAUGUGUGCCCUUUGGUAUUUUUUUUUUUUUCUGAGCAUCAUUAAUUUAGCAUCUAUUCUUGCAUGGAUAUGGUUACUACUAGUGUGGAAUGGUUUUAUACAUUUUGAAUUGGUCGUCAUUGGCUUGACCUUAUGAAAUGCUGAGUGCUUUUGAUGGGUACUGAACGAACUCAUUUCACAUUAAAAUAAUCUUUAAAGACAUGAGUUGAGUGCACAGUACUUUACAGGAGGUACAUACAGUGUCUGGCCUUAUCUAUGUUAUGAUAUGACAGUCCUGUUAACCUAUAUUUGUCUUAUUGUUGAAACAAAAUGUCUUAUUAUUGAAAGAAAAUGUUACUCCUUUUUUUUAAAAGCAGUGUAUCUUAAAAUAGCUUUUAAUUGGUGUACAUCUAAAGGCUCAAGGCAUGGUUGCGAAUGGAAAAGAAUGUUUUUUUGGCCAGUUUCUCAUAUUGUAUUUGUAGAUCUUUUGGUGAAGUGCAGUACUCUCUGUAUGCGAACUCCAUAUUGUAAUAGUGUUUAUUAUUUCAGCAUGCAAUGCCUGCUUUUCUGUUCACUGUUCUGCAGGCUAUUGAACCGUAGUGUGAAAAGAUGAGAUUUUGUACUUUGAGAGAGGAACUAAUAUGAAAUGGCAGCUUUGCAAGUGUUGCUGUAUAGGAUGUACAUACAUAAGAAAAAACUCAAAGGCCUUUAGAGUAAUAUCAAUUAAUCUAAUAUUCAAAAUUGUGAUGUAGAACACAGUUACUUGUUUCUCCUAGGAGCACUAUAUAUAUAUGUUUAUAGAAAAAUCCUAAAAAUGUAUAUACUUUAUUCAAAGAUUUUACUAUUUAUAAAUCCCUUAACUCUGCUAUUUACAUGAUUAUUUUUUGUGCGUGUGUGCAUGAGUUCCAUUCACUCAAUGGAAUUACAUUAUUUGUUUCACUUUUUGUAAUAGUCCUUGUCAUAUGGCGUACUGUUGAAGAUUUUUAAAAUAGUCCAAGUUAAAACGUUAUCACCAAACAGAAACUAGUAUUUAAAAAUAGAGCUGUGUGAAGAAGAAACAGGUCCCCAGGCACGUUUCUUUUUCUGAAGCUUCAUGAAUUUUAGAACACAUUGGCUACAUAUUAGUAGAUAAAUCCGCUGCCGUAAUUUUGCAUCUAGAUUUCCGUUUUUGUCACAGUUACUCAAGUAGGAUGUGCUUUGAAGCUCUCUGUGGCCCGGGACACCCUAUAUUCUGUCUGUCAGAGAGGACAGUUCAGAGCCAAGUUGGGGAUCUUGUCAUCUUUGAAAAUCAUUGCUAUAUGAAACCCUGCUGCAGUUGUAAGAAAUGAGGGCUUGUUCAACUAGUCUAGUAACCUUUAAAAAUAAUAAAUUUGCCUGUACAGUUUCCCUGUAUCUGAGAGAAGGAUUGGAUUUUAGAUUUAUUAGUUCUUCCUUACUUCUUGGCACACCUCAUUGUCACUUUUGACCGGUUUCAACUGGAAGGGGGAGAGUGUUACUGGAGUUAUUUUCCUGACAUUCCUUGUCCACCAGUUUCUCAUGAUGCUGUGCUCUUUCUGCAUACUCUGGAAGCUGCUAGACUCUCUCUGCUGUUAACUCAUCUAUUUUUAACCAAUAAGUGAGAUCAAUAAAAGGAAUAUUUGCUGAGAAAAAUGACUAGAAGAAUAAAAAAAUUAGGUGACAGUAAAUUAUCACCAUAUUCCUUCCCCACAGUUUUUAUAAUCUUUGUUUAGGAAGCUGUGAAUGGGAGGAUUUUGUUCAGGCACUACAGUAUGGCUGUACUCCAUACUUUUUACCAGCUGAUUUAACAUACUGAUUUAUUGCAGUCAUAUGGAGAUGGUUGGAGAUUAAUAUUUGAGCUGAGAAAAGUUUUGCAAGUUGAGAUUUCCAGAUUCAGUAGACCAAUGUAUAUUUUCCUCUUUUGUCUGUAACUGGAAGACUCAGACCUGCUGAUUCCCAAACGGUGACUGAAUUUGACUUGGAAGAAUUUCCAAGGCAAGUCAGUAUUCAGACUUCAUUUUUGUUUUUUGAAGUGUAAAAUAGUUUACUUGUGUGUAUAUAUAUUUUUACUUCAAAAAUAAAAUUCUAAAGAGAGAACUGUGAUUCUUUUGAGUAGGUAAUUCCUUGCUUGUUGAAAGGAAAUUUUCCGUGGACAAUUGUAUUUUAACAUAAAGGUGGAGAGUAUUUGUUGUUGUCUGGGCCCAAUGUUUACUAAGAGCAUGUAAGUUAAGAAAAGUGCUUAAUGGCAAUAAGUUUAACUCUGAUCAAAUACUAUAUGUAGUAUUUCCUUGGUAGAAGUGUAUUUAUGGCAGUGGAGAGGGUUUGUAUCUAUCUCAAUGUGUGUUAAUCUGCAGUUAUGUCAAACAACAUUCAGAUGUUAUUUAUUGUAGCUGUUCAAACAUGCUUACAUCCUUGAUCACUCUCACACCUGCAGAUGUAACAUUUUGCAACAAAUGUAUUAUACCUAGUUAAGCCGAAUUUAAUAUUUUUAUUAGCCUGUAAAUAAAGAUACUCUUCUGCA